CACGUCAGCAGGCCCCCGGCCUGGUCUAUGUUUUUGCGUUCACAAACAGCCGUCAUGGACCAGAAGUCCGGGGAAACAGACGAGGCCUAUCAGGCCCGGAUGCUGGCCUGGAGUACCCAAACCAAGAGACGGGCGGAUGACGUAGCAACCGCAGCGAAGAAGACGGCAGAGGACGCCGAGAAGGCACGUCUGCUGGCAAUUGAACAGCAGCGCCAGCACGACAAGGCAACAGCAAAGGCUGCCGAUGAAGAACGAGUUCAACGUCGUAAGAUGAUAUUUAGCGGAGAGCAAGUUUUGCUCACAAUGGCAGCGGAUUGGCGGGCCGAGGBCGAGAAUGGCAAGAUGGAAGAUAGCGAAAACAAGAUCGCUCUACUCCUCUCCCAUCUCACGGACAUCCUGGCAACAUGCAUUACACAGCCGGAGGACAUCCACAACCUCGACGACGCGCUGACUCAAGUCCACAGCUGCCUCCGGCAGCUGGAGCAGCGACCUGUCGCCGCCCCCGAUGCCAGCUCUUCCAACACCUCCAAUCGCCUCGAAGCAUUGGAGAUUGAUGUCUGCUCCCUCAAGGACGGCGUGCAGUUACAGGAAACCACAACGCAACAGUUGGAGCAGCGGAUUUGUACUGCCGCCAACCACUCGAGCUCGGAACCGCGCGAGACAACUCCAAAGUUCGACGGGCGGGAGAUCUUCUGCGACUCGACGAAGACAGAUCCGAUUCCAUGGUUCCGCAAGUUCGAGCUCACGCUGCAGCUACACUACUGCGGAUCACACGGUCAACUUCCACCGGCAGACUCUUACCGUUCGCGACGCCUUCGGCGCCGAAGUGGCGUGUACUAUUCCUCUUCCGCACCCUUCGAUUCGGUGCCAUUCCGGGCCACUUGUGCUUACGAGCAGCCCGACGAAAUCGGCCUAUGUUUCCUAUGGACUGUCGCAAUAGCCGACUCUUCACCCACGGACUUGUCUUCAGACCCCCGUGUGGUGCGGUUGCUUGACGAGUUCACCGACAUCUUCGAGUCACCUACCGGUGCGGUGCCGGAUCGGCCGAUCUCUCACGAGAUCAUUCUUGAGGCCGGUGCCAUGCCGCCGAAAGGUUGCAUUUAUCGCAUGAGCGAGGAGGAGCUUACGGUCCUCCGCGCACAACUCGAUGAUUUGUUGGACAAGGGAUGGAUCCGCCCUAGUAGCUCUCCAUACGAAGCGCCAGUUCUCUUCGUACGGAAGAAGAACAAAGAUCUACGAUUGUGCAUCGACUACCGCAAGCUCUACGCACAAACCGUCAAGAAUGCGGGACCCCUUCCUCGCAUCGACGAUCUUCUUGAGCAAUUGGGUGGCGUGAAGUAUUUUUGCAAGUUGGAUUUGAAGUCGGCAUAUCAUCAAAUCUCGAUCCGACCGAACGAUCGUUACAAAUUCGCAUUCAAGACGCGGUAUGGGCAUUUUGAGUGGGUGGUCAUGCCUUUUGGCCUCACCAAUGCCCCGACGACCUUUCAAGCGGCAAUGACCAAUGAGUUUCGUGCAAUGCUGGACCGGUUCGUGCUGGUCUACUUAGAUGAUAUUCUCGUCUAUAGUCGGUCAUUGGAGGAUCAUCUUGAGCACCUUCGACGAGUGUUGGAGACGCUCCGCCUCGCCAAGUACAAGGCCAACCACGACAAGUGCGAAUUUGUCCGGCAAGAGCUGGAAUACUUGGGCCAUUUUGUCACACCGGAGGGCAUCAGUCCGCUAUCGGACAAGAUUCAAGCCAUCCAAGAGUGGUCGGAGCCACGAAACGUCACGGAUGUCCGUUCGUUCCUUGGUCUCGCCGGCUACUACCAACGUUUUAUCAAGGGCUACUCGAAGAUCACGGCCCACUUGACCAAGCUUCAAUGCGAGGAUCGACCAUUUGACUUCGGAGAGGAGGCGAGGGAAUCAUUUUUGGCUCUCAAAGCCGCGCUAUUAUCUGCGGAGGUCUUGCGCAUAUACGACCCGCUUUUGCCUAAGCGCGUCACUACGGAUGUGUCCGACUAUGACAUUGGUGUCGUCCUCGAGCAACACGAUGGCGUGGACUGGCACUCGGUCGAGUAUUUCAGCAAGAAAAUGCCCGUCGUACACUCCAUUGACGAUGCACGCAAGAAGGAGCUCCUCGCCUUCGUCCACUCACUCAAGCGGUGGUGGCACUUCCUCCUUGGUCGAAGCCAAUUCCGAUGGGUAACGGACAACAAUCCGUUGGUCUUUUACAAGACCCAAGCCACUGUCAACAGCACCAUAGCUCGAUGGAUGACUUUCAUCAACCAGUUCGACUUCUUUCCCGAUCACAUUCCGGGGAAGUCCAACCGUUUUGCGGAUGCUCUCUCACGAUGUCCGGAUCAUUGUACCGCGGUCUAUUCAACCUUCGAGAUCGACAACGACCUGCGGGACAACUUCAUCCGCGGCUACCAAGCCGACCCCGAGUUUCGCGACAAGUACGCGAAUUGCUCCUCUCCCAAUCCGGCGCCUUCUCCCUACCGGAUCCAAGAGGGGUACUUGCUUGUCCACACAUGGGGGAAGGACCUUCUUUGCGUACCGAGUGACCCUGACUUGCGUACACGGCUUCUUGGCGAGUUCCACGAUGCUCCCACCACCGGACACUUUGGAGUCAAUCGCACGAUUGGCCGACUUCGCGAGCGAUUUUGGUGGUCCGGCCUUCUCGGCUACGUCACACGCUAUUGCGAGUCAUGCGAGGUUUGCCGAUGCUGCAAAUCCCGCAACCAUCGUCCACACGGCGAGUUGCGACCAUUACCGGUCCCCUUGCGGCGAAGGGAAGCGAUUGCCAUGAACAUUACCGGCCCGUUCCCCAAGCACAAGACCGGCGUGGAUGAGAUUCUCACGGUGGUCGACCGACUCACCAAAUUCGCUAUGUUUUUGCUUUGCCGCCAUCAUGCCAAGGCACCGGAGUUGGCUGAGGUUCUUCACGCCGGUUGGAUUCGAACCAAGGGUUACCCCAAGGAAAUCGUCUGCGACCGCGACACUCGGUUCAUGUCCGAUUUUUGGUUGGCGCUCAUCAAACGAUGGGGCUCAUCUCUCAAGCCAAGUUCGGCUCCCCACCCCCAAACCGAUGGUCAAACGGAGAGGGCGCAUCAGACCGCACAAGUGCUCCUUUGCACUCUCAUCCGCCCCGACCAGAAGGAAUGGGUUGAGCGGCUGCCGGAUGUCGAGUUGGCCUACAACUCGUCCAUCCACCCGACUAUCGGGAUGUCGCCCUUCGAGUUCGAGCACGGCUCGCCGGUCACUUCGCCGUUGGACAUAAUCAUUCCACGAACGGUCGAGAGCGACGACCAUCUUCUUUUCUUGCGUCGGAUGCAAGAGCUACUUGUCAAGGCACGCGACCAGAUGGCCAAGACGCAGCAAUGCACGAGCCAACAAGCCAAUCGUCAGCGUCUUCCUUGCCCACUCCGCGCCGGCGAUCUCGUUUGGGUUUCCGACGCGGAAUUCAGCCUUGAACAAGAUAUCUCUCGCAAGCUCCUCCCAAAAUGGAUGGGACCCUGGCCGAUCGUGGCACCCGCUGGGGAUGCACCCAAGGGACCUUUCUUCACUAUUCAGGUGCCCGCCCACUUGCCCGUCUACCCGGUCUUUCAUUGCUCCAAGUUGGCUCUUUACAGGCCAGCGGAACAUGAUGAUUUUCCCGAGCGAUGUUCGCAAGACCCACCCUCUAUGGACGCUUUGGUAUGAUUCUAGGCAUCACGACGGGGUAGAGGGCGCGAGGCUC